CCCAGGCUUAGGUCAGACCUGCCUAUGGGCAAUGUGACAUUUGAACUGGAGCUUGAAGGACAUGGGCACAGUCGGAAUGAGCAGUGUGGGCAGAGGGGAGAGAAUGAAUGGAGGCUGGGGCCGCCGGGUCGGGUGAAAGUACAGAGUCAGAGGUGUGAGGGAGAGGUGGGUGAAAGGCCAGAGGAACACAUAUGAAGGGAAGUGGACAGAGACACCGUGACCAGACACCCUUGUUUGGCAGGCUGUCUCAGUGGAACCCACAGCCUCUGUGUCUAUAAAAGGGAAUGGUUCUGUGACCCCUGGAGCUGAGUUGUGUUGGGGAAAGAACUUCAAGGACCAGAGAGGGCUCCUGGCCUCCUGGGUCUGCCCUUACAAGGCACCUUGCCUCUGGUAGAGCCAGGGCCCUGGGUAACCAACCCAUCCAGCCCCCUUCUUAGCCAAGAUGAAGUCACCCGCUUUUGAAGGAGACAACGUUCAGCUGGUGAAGGGCCGGAUGCGAGGCAGGGAGCCGGAGCAGCCCGAGGCAGGGGGGCCUCAGGGAGCGCUGGGCCCUCCAGCCGUGCUUAGAAGCAUCGCCACAGCAACCAGCGGCCAGACAGCAGUAGCCCGGGCAGACACUGCCUAGGCAGACGCAGGCGGACAGCUUCCUACCGUGGCAGAGUACUGGGGAUGACUACGGCAAAUCAGGCCACACUGCUGAACAGGGAGGUGGAGUGUCACUAGAGGGGAGGGUGUGGUCUCUGCCCCGCGCGCGCGCUGCGCUGAGCGCCAUGCCCACAGGAGAAGAGCCACUGGGGCAGGGAUUGCAGUGUGACACGGCCUUGCCCCAAAGCCAGUGCUGAGCACCCCCAGGUCAGCUGUCUCCCUUGAGUCUGCCUGUGACACCAGCCCACAUUGCAGCAUCCCUCACUGUGACCAUUCUGUUUGUGUUUGGCAAAAGGGGGAGAGGCAUCCAUCCUGUGUUCUGUAUUGUGGGGGGGGGCCUGCUGCUGCCGGACCAUGGGAUGUCGGCAAAGCUCAGAGGAAAAAGAGGCAGCGCGGCGGUCCCGGAGAAUUGACCGCCACCUGCGCUCGGAAAGCCAGCGGCAGCGCCGUGAAAUCAAACUUCUCCUGCUGGGCACCAGCAACUCGGGCAAGAGCACCAUCGUCAAGCAGAUGAAGAUCAUCCACAGCGGCGGUUUCAACCUGGACGCUUGCAAGGAGUACAAGCCCCUCAUCAUCUACAACGCCAUCGACUCACUGACCCGCAUCAUCCGGGCCCUUGCUGCCCUCAAGAUUGAUUUCCACAACCCUGACCGCGCCUAUGACGCUGUGCAGCUCUUUGCACUGACUGGCCCAGCAGAGAGCAAGGGCGAGAUCACACCCGAGCUGCUGGGCGUCAUGCGACGUUUGUGGGCCGACCCCGGGGCUCAGGCCUGCUUCGGCCGCUCGAGUGAGUACCACCUGGAGGACAAUGCAGCCUACUACCUGAAUGACCUGGAGCGCAUCGCUGCACCUGACUAUAUCCCCACGGUGGAGGACAUCCUACGCUCUCGGGACAUGACCACGGGCAUUGUGGAAAACAAGUUCACCUUCAAGGAGCUUACCUUCAAGAUGGUGGACGUGGGCGGGCAGAGGUCAGAGCGCAAAAAAUGGAUCCACUGCUUUGAAGGCGUCACAGCCAUCAUCUUCUGUGUGGAGCUCAGUGGCUAUGACCUGAAGCUCUAUGAGGAUAACCAGACGGUGUUUGUGGAAGGCGGAAGGCUCUGGCCACAGCUCUGGAUGCCUGAGUGUUCUGGACAUAGAGCCUGUAGCCUGACCGAUGGCCAUGAAGACAGAAGGCAGGGCUCUCUUCCCCUCCCCUCCAGCAUCCAGGUACCCUGGGAACUGUGCCAGAGCCGAAUGGCAGAAAGCCUGCGCCUCUUUGACUCCAUCUGCAACAACAACUGGUUUAUCAACACCUCGCUCAUCCUCUUCCUGAACAAGAAGGACCUCCUGGCAGAGAAGAUCCGACGCAUCCCACUCAGUGUCUGCUUCCCGGAGUACAAGGGUCAAAACACGUACGAGGAGGCUGCGGUCUAUAUCCAGCGUCAGUUCGAGGACCUUAACCGCAACAAGGAGACCAAGGAGAUCUACUCCCACUUCACCUGUGCCACCGACACCAGUAACAUCCAGUUUGUCUUUGACGCAGUGACGGAUGUCAUUAUACAGAACAAUCUCAAGUACAUUGGCCUUUGCUGAGGAGCCAGGCACGGCCUGCUUGCCUGUGGCGAAACCCGCGGGGUGUCGGACCCCAGCUCAUGCUAGAGAGGCCCAACCCCAGGGGCAGAAAACGGGGCUUGAAGAGUGUGUCCCCACCCCACCCCCAGCCUCUGCCUUCUUGGCCCUACGUCUCAGCAAACAUAAAUAUAUUUGGAUAGAUUGCUAGGUAGGUAGACACACAGACACGCGCGCGCACACACGCACAUCCGGAGAUGGCAGAGUUCGCCCAAGUGUCGAGGUUUCCUGAAGUCUUACGGAGCUGCUGUGGCGAGUUCAGUUCCGAGGCCGUCUUGCCCCCUUCACUCUGCCUUCCUGAGUCGGCCCCACUCUGCAUGGGGGUUCACAUUGGACUGCCCCUGGGCGGGGAGAGGCCACAGGACUGGGGCCAGGUCCAGCCAGCUGUGCCCAUUGCCUGGAAGAAGGCCAGCUCACCAACUGAGCUCCGGACUGGGGACUACCACUGACCAGGAGGGAGGCCCAGAGCAGGGACUGUUGUACCUCCCCACCUAACCACACCCGACUCGGCCACUCUGCACCACGUGUGUCCGGUACCUGGGACCUGCGGAAACAAGGGACUGUGCGAAUCGGACCUCUAAUCACUGGUGGCUCCUUUUAAACAGCUAAAACGUAUGCAGCGAAAAUUAACCCAGGAAAAUGAGUGGCAUCGUUUAUUUCAAACUAGGCCAGCUGGGUUUGCAGCUCUCCCUCUGCUGGUCUGAUGUUUUAUAAAUGGAAACCUGGUUUUUCUUCUCUGGCAUCUUUUCUUU